UUUUGUUAAAAAAAAAAAAAAAAAAAAAGAAAAAAUUGUUGAAUGAGACAAUUGUUUACAUCGUAUAUAAAGUAUUUUGUUGUUUUUUAAAAUUCUCGUCUUUUUUUGUUCUUUCACUUUCUUACAUUAACAAAAUCACAUCCUAUUCAAAAAAAGCCAAUAUGAAUCCAGAAGGUGCUAAACUCGAAGAAUUAUACGAAAAGACAAACCAAGCUGCCACCGACGAAGAGCGCAAAAGAGUCGCACAGCAGAUGAGUGCUCUCCACAAACAAGUCAGCGGCUUCGAUGUACACUUUGACGAGCAUGGCUUCAUUCCAAUGGAUACUGAAUCAGCCAAGAGAUGUCCCAGAACGGGUGGUAUUAAUUUGAACGUCCACAAUCGUUAAAAAGAUCCCAAUUUUGAUUCGCUUUUUUCGAUCCAAAUAAACGGGGAACAAGAUAAUGCUUUUUAAAAACCCAAUUAUG